CCCUUUUCUGAACUUCACUAUCUCCUCUCUCUUCAAUUUGGGGAAAAAUCAUCGAACGGGAAGGAUUAACGAAGCAGCCAUGACUGACUAUAAGCAGGAGCAGGACAUGGAAAUCGAAGCUUUGGAAGCCAUUCUUAUGGAUGAAUUCAAAGAAAUUCAUUCCAGUGAAAGUGGGAUAAACACUUCGAACCGUUGCUUCAUGAUAACCAUUUCUCCCGAGGAUGAUGAUGCAGAUGAUUCAAAUAAUUUACCAGUUCUAUUGGGAUUGAUAUUCUCGCAUACGGAAAAUUAUCCCGACGAACCUCCACUUAUCAACGUGACAAGUUUGAAAGGAAUUCAAACAAGCGAUCUUAAAAUUCUGAAAGAAAAGCUUGAACAAGAGGCAACUGAAAAUCUGGGGAUGGCAAUGAUGUACACGUUAGUUGCAACAGCUAAGGAAUGGCUUUCCGAGAAAUUUUCUCAGGAUGACGGUGAUGAAGAUGCUGAGGAAGAUAAGGCUGCAAAAGACGAGAUUAUUAUACCACAUGGAGAACCGGUCACCGUUGAUACAUUCUUGGCAUGGAGGGAGAGAUUCGAAGCAGAAUUAGCACUUGAAAGAGCCAAGCUAAUGCCGGAUUCAGCACUUAGUGCAACAAAGGAGAAAAAACUUACAGGCAGACAGUGGUUUGAAAGUGGAAGAGCUUCCUCGAAAAGUGCAGCGCUCGUUGCUGAGGGCUCUGAUGAAGAGGUCGAAGAUAUUGAUUUCGAUGAUGAUGAAGACUUUGAAGAUGACGAAGAAGACAUGCUGGAGCACUACCUGGCUGAAAAGUAAGACGGGUAUGCCCCUUCGUCAAGGAGAAGCAAUGAAGCAACAGAAUUUGAUACAGUUGUUAAUGCAGCACAGAGAAGUACCACCAAAAUACGGUAUUUGUAUGAAAUCGAAGCUUACGUACAUUGAAUGAUUCAGCCGAUGAGAAUUAGAGUAAUGUUAUUGGUGGUGGUGCUGAGAGAGAUGAGAGCUUUUUUUUUUUUUUUUUUUUUUGAGUUAAUUAUUUGAAACAUUCACAACUGUUGUAUCGAUGAUUUUUGAAAGAUGGUAUCCGUUUAUUGGCA